AUGUUUACCGAAGAAGAAAUAGGCAAUUUCCUUGGAGUGUUGCAAGUGACACCAGAAUUUAUAGAGAUUGAAUGUGGCAGCACCAAUCCAAGAUAUGGUGACACAGCAGGCAAACUUAGGGUUUUCAGUGAUGGGAAAGUGGAGGUGGAUUGCAUUUGUCGUGUUGAUUGCGAUAAAGUUAGAGUAUCCCCGGCUGAAUUUGCAAAGCACGCUGGAAAAAUAAACGCGCACGAGAAGUGGGAUAGGCAGAUAUGGGUGUUUGGUAAGGAUGGGACUAAAAUAGGGCUGUGGAGAACAUGUUUGUUGAAGCAUCACAAGCAUACUUUCGUGAGGGGGGUGCGUCAACUCAUCCAUCGCGACGAGUUCGUACGAUGCUCCCAGUGCGACAAGGAGCGUAGGUUUAGUAUGCGAACCAAAGACCAUUGCAAGAUCUAUCACGACGCUCUUGUCAAACCAGAUUGGACUUGUUCCCACAUGCCAAAUCAUACGCUCGCUCGCUCCUAUGAGGUACUCUUGGAAAACAGUACUCCAUCAUUUCAGCACAACUGA